AUGGUUGCCUCCCGGAAACCACCCGGCCUCGCUGCCGCGUGGGCGUUGUUCCUCAUCUCGUUCCUUCUUAUGCCCUUCAUGGCAUCAGCGGCCUCUGCCAACACUUCAUCCAUUGCGACGUUCCCGUCAGAAGUCGAGGACUAUGUCAUGUAUCUCUAUCUCAGCAUUGAACAGUCCCAUGGGUCGAGUACCUAUCAGUACUAUGCCGCACCUCUCACCCCUCAAGUCGGCUUGGGUGACCCCAAUGCCUGGAGAAUCAUCAACGUCGUGGGUUCUGUCAUGCCCGUCAAUGCGUUCAACUACCAGACCUUUGACGCCAACCACACAGUCGCAUUUGUCUCCUGUGACUGGCCCGCGACUAGCAAUGCCACAGCAAACAACACGAACCCUGCGGACCCGGCCUUGAACAGCACGACCCCAGAGAUCAUACUCAAUACGGUCAUGGGCAAGAAGCCCACCGCCAUCGUCCUCUACAGCCUCGAGAAUCCAGGCUGCUCAUUGACGGGAGAUAAUCUAUCCUAUACUUCCAUAUGGACAAUGGCCGUAGUUGAGCAGGCAAAAAACGCCAUCAGGGUCAGCAACGCCACCAAUGGCUUUGUCGCCACAAUCACCGGCAAGGACAUGGCGCCUGGUGGCAGUGGCCCCAAUGGCGGCGGUGGUGGCGGCGCUCAAACCGCAGGAGGCAGCGGCAACUCGAAUGUGGCGAUGAGCAUCCUGUACAGCAUCACGGGCCUCAUCACUGCCUUAUUUUUGGUGAUUAUCACGACGGGAGCCGUCAGGGCUCACCGCAACCCCGAAAGAUAUGGGCCACGCGCAGCUGUAAACGGGCGAGCGCGCCAGAGCCGGGCUAAGGGUAUAGCACGAGCCGUUCUGGAGACGCUUCCGAUUGUCAAGUUUGGAGAUGCGAAGCCUACAAAGUCAGACCCCGAAAUGGAAAUCGACACCUUGCCUGGAGACCGCCAGCAGGCUCUCGUCACUGGCAACGAAGCUUCCUCGUCGCACACUAGGCCAUCGACUGAGCGGAGAGUCGAUGCACAAUCCGCGGCUGAUAGUCCCAACGAGCCUCCGUCAGAAACCGCCGCUGUCCCGGGGACGGCGACCCCCGCAGACAACAACGACAACGGGCAAGUCGGCUGUUCCAUCUGCACCGAAGACUUCAAAGUUGGCGAAGACGUCCGGGUGUUGCCCUGCGAUCAUAACUUCCAUCCGGCUUGCAUCGACCCUUGGCUCGUUAACGUGUCCGGCACAUGUCCUCUAUGGUAG